AUGAUAUCAGAUGUCGUUCAGAUGACUGAUUCGGAGACGAGUUGCGAUAGUGAAUCGAUGGGGAAUUGUGGAUCGGUUAAAAUUAGCAUAUCUAAAGAUGAAAAUUUUAACCUAUUAACUGUUAGACUCGUAGAGGCAUCAGAUUUGAGUGCGAAAAGAGAGGAUGGUCAUCCAAACCCGUAUUUUCGAGUAAUGCUUGAUGUUCCAUGUGCUGGUAGUGAAGAUCGUAACGAAAUGAGGCUACAAUCGAAAGUUUACAAAAAUACAUCUUCACCGAUUUUAAAUGAAGAUUUCUGUUUUCAAGUACCAACUGCAUUGCUGGAUCAAUGCCGUUUAGAGAUUAUGGUCUAUGACUAUGACCAGUUUUCUGUUGAUGAGUGUAUUGGGUAUUGUUGGUUAAAUCUUGGUAGAGUUUCUAUUAGUUCGUCAAAGGAUAGCGUUACAACUUUUUGGGCCGAAGUGUUACCAUUCAGUGAUGAAAGUCGAGGAUUUUUUGGUGAAAUUUUAUCGUCGAUAACGUAUCUUUCGAAAGCCCAACGCUUGACAGUAAAUAUCUUCAAAGCGCGUAACUUACGCAUUGAUGCAGUGGACACUCAACCGGCUAUAUCGGUUCGGGUUUCGCUGAUUAGUGGUGACGAUAAACGUUUAAAACGGAAAAAGACGUCAACAAAGAAGAAGACACGUAAUCCACAAUUCAAUGAAUCCUUAUCUUUUAGUGUAGCCAAAAGCCACCUCUGUGACAUUAAUCUUGAAUUUGAGGUGUUGCAUGAACAUGGAACAUUUGGAAUGGGUUCUAAAGUGAUCGGUAAAAUGAAAUUACCAUUAUCCAGUUGUAAGGAAUUGUGGAGGGCAAUAAUCCGAGAAGAAAAAUCUCAGGCCCGUUGGCAUACCUUACAACAGCCAUAA